GCACUUCCUUUCGGAGAUGCUGAGUCAGUCCAAUGCGGAACGCCAGCGACCCUUCCUACCACGGAGGACGAUGCGGUGAAGGAGGCGGCAGCUCUGGUCCUCUUGCGUCAGAGGCUCUCAGAACUGCGAGACCGGGCGCAGACGGCCAAAUCGGGCCGUGAGAAAGCCGUGGAAUACCGCGAGAAGCAGCAGAGCCGAUUUCGGGCCGUGCAUCACAAUGUGGAGAAGCUGGAGGCCGACGUCGCGAAGCUCAAGACGAGCAUCAAGAACACCUAUCAGCAGCGUGACAAGAUCAGCGAGGAUCUUCAGAAGGUUAACCUCCGCGACGCGGUGACCGAAUACUGGGAGGUUGUGCGGGAGUCGCCGGCAAAGGCCCUGGACACUUUGACGACCUACGUCGGUUUGGUCCCAGACGUGGCGCGCGUCCUGACUGAAGUCGCGAGGCUACGCGACAGAGAGCGGAAAGUCGCUGAUCAGGACUUGGUCGAGGCGUCCCGAGCCGAACAGCGCUACAAGAAGGCGCGCCGCGAGAUCGAGGAACUGGAGAGGACUGCCAAGGCCCUGCGCGAGGAGUUGGAUGCUGCUGGCUGA